AUGUCGAGGCCAUGGCUCGCGCUGCCUUUUAGCGAACGGACCAAAAAGAACGACCUUUCCAAAAAGUUCAAGGUCAGCGGAAUUCCGACGUUCGUCAUCAUAAACGCGGAGAAUGGCUCCGUCAUCACGGCAGACGGGCGCAGCGCAGUCAUGUCAGAUCCGGAAGGCAAAAAGUUUCCGUGGAUACCGCCAACCUUUCAGGAGGCUUUGGGUGACGAAUUCAUGGAUGGGGAAGAGACUGUGGACAAGAAGAAGCUUGAAGGCAAGACGCUUGGCUUGUACUUUUCAGCGCACUGGUGUCCACCUUGCCGAGCGUUUACGCCGCAGCUGGCAAAAUGGUAUGCGGGCAUUAAGUCAGAGCUCGGGGAUAAGUUCGAGAUCAUAUUCUGCAGUGGCGACCGGGAUGAGGCCUCUAUGAAGGAGUAUUACAAAGAGCAGAGAGAAGCUGGGGGAAAGUGGCUUGCUAUGCCGUACCACAGAAAGGAUGAUCUGGAUCCACUUUUCGAGAUCCAGGGAAUCCCCACUUUCCUGAUCGUCAGCCCGGAAGGCAAAGUCAUCAACAAGAACGGGCGAUCGUUGACCGGUGCACCCGCUAGCAACACGGCGAGACAUUCGUGA